UUCGCGGAAAUUCGACAGUUGACCGGGUUUGUGAAAUUCCGGCCAGACAGACCCGUUACCGGAAAAGUCUCCGAAUUGGACCGAGGUUUUGGCUAGCCCCCCAUUGUCAGACGUCCCGAGCGCGUCCCCGAAGUCGGAAUCGGCAAAGGAAAAUGCGUAGAAGCAGGAGAGCUGCCACUGCACCAGAACCAGAUGUGCCUGACGAGGUGUCGGCACAGGAUGAGGCGCCUGCCCCGAGGAGGCGGGGUAGGAGGCCUAGAGCUGCUCAAGUAGAGGAGCAGCCACCCCCAGUACAGGAUCAGUCCUUUAUGGCACAGGGUCCCAUGGACCCAAUGGCAGCUACUCUAGCUGGGUUACAGAGAACCAUCGACAUGAUGGCGCAGUAUAUGGUCCACCCUCCACAGCAGCAGCAGUCCACCGCACCAAGAGGGGAACCUUAUAAACAGAUAAUUAAUUUCAAGAAGUUGGUGCCUGGAACUUAUGAUGUGUCAGACGAUGCAUAUCGGUUUUUGGAUUCCUGCAGACAGGCAGGAACAGAAUUACAGUUGACUGAUAGAAGACUGAUAGAGUGUAUGCAGCAUGUCAUGGGGCCUAUGUCUAGACAAUGGAUGAAUGACUACGUGUUACCCCGAAUGGAGGGUUUGACAUGGGCUCAGUUUGUGCAACUUUUUAUCAAUUGGUUCGUGCCAGAAAGCUUCAGAGAUCAGAAGCAGUGGGCCUUUGAGGCCUUAAGACAGAAUGGCAGGUCUGUAGAUGAAUAUGCUACAGAAUUUCUGGAAUUGAGCAGAUAUGCCCCUACAGCAGUAGCUACAGAAACUAUGAAGGUGAAGAGGUUCCUAAAGGGGCUUGACAGGAGGUAUGCGAACCUGGCCAUGAUGUCUGAUCAGUCUUUUGAUGUGGUGGUUGAUCGAGCCAGACAGAUUGAGAUUAGUUAUGCUGUGGAUGACAGCGGAAGGGCAAAGAAAAACAGAGCAGAGGGUUCUUCAGGUGUUCCACACAUGGGUACUGCGGACAGUGGUGGCCAAACUAAUUACAGAGGAAGAAGCAGAAAUAAGAGAAGUGGUUUCAGACACAAAUCCCGAGGAUUCAGACCAGGGUAUGGAUCCAGUAGUGGUAACAGUUCAGGGUACAGCGAUUAG